UAGUAGUCAAUAGCGUAGCGGCGACGGCGAGAGUAAACUUAUUACCUUCCGCUCCGUCAACCAUCGCCACCGCCCUCCUCUUCAUCACCGCCACCCCCAUCACUACUAAACAACAACAAAAUCCACCACCGCUGCCACUUCAUCACCGCCACUCCCACCACCACCGCCAUCAACAACAACAACAACAACAAGAUGAUGAUGAUGAAGAGAACGAUGGCUCUCUUACAGUUACAACAUGCUGCUACCGGCUCGUCGGGUGAUACGAGCUAGCAAGCAAGAAAGACAUUCAACGGAUUUACUUUUAUUUACUAGAACAGAUAUAUCCACCAUAAUAUUUUAAAGUCUUCUAUUUUCUUCUUCUUUGUUAUUAUUAGUAUUAUUAAUAUUCUUUCUGGUGUGAACUUUUGUUACGAGGAGUUUAGCUGAGGAGGACAAUGUAAAUGUAAUGGAAAGUUCAAAGUGAGAUUAUGGAAUUCGGUAUGGAUCGUAAUGCCCAAAGCCGUUGCUUAUUUAGAUUGAUGGAAAAAUAUGGGUGUACAGUUGCUGGCCACUUUACAAAUAGUUAGUUUGUUUGCUGUGAUUCAGAUCACAGUCUGUAGCAGUGACGUCACAGGUACCAUCCAGCAUCGUUUGAAGAGGAAUACCACAGACAAUAACCAAGUGAUUCUAAGAAUCGCUCAACCUCCUCACAGACAGAUAAAAUGCAUCUAUCCAGAAGUUCCCUGUGCAGAUAGCAGGCGCUGUUAUCACAGCAUAUAUGAACGCUGCAAUGGCGAAGAAGACUGCUAUGAUGGGUCCGAUGAGUUUGGUUGUCGGACACCGGAAAAUGAAAUUGAUGAGCAGAAAGAGCGUCCACCCCGACGGAAAGACAACUUUCCCGAACUCUUCAGGAAACUUGUCAUUGGAGUGAUGGUAAUCUUAGUACUGCUUGGAGUACUGGCUUGUGUGUGUCACUUUCAAAAGUACACGAUGCGGGCUGUCUCCUGGGACUCUGAUUCCCUCGAUUCUGUAUCAUCAUUUUCGGCCCAACCAGAACCUCAAGACACCACUGGAGGAAACGCAAUAUGUCUCACUGAUUUUAGUUUUCAAAAACCUGCUGAAGAAUUGUCCACUAUGACAACAUUAGACCCUUUCCCGCCUUCCGAAGUUAGUGGAGCCACCGGUGGGAGCAGCUUUAUGAUGCAGUCACCCCAGACGUCGACGUCAGCUUUAGAGUGCGUCAGUUGGGCAGAAAUACAUCCACCCCCACCAGGAAGCAGUGGUGCUACUGGUGGUGUUAGUGGUGCCAGUGGUGGCGGUGGCGGUGGUGCCACUGCUUCCAACACCUUGUCACCGACAUCCGCACUCGGGCAGCAGCGUGUGGACACGUGGGGUGUCCUGCAGCCAACAGUGCUGCCAUCUUCGCCACCAGCCUUACCAGUUGUACCACCCCGACCAUCCACCUCACCUGUAAUUAUAUCAUCCACUUCUGAUUUGCCCACUUAUGAAGAAGUUAUGACCCGUAGGCGGCGUGGAGAUGCUGAACUUUAAUAUCAAUAAUAAUAUUUCAAUUAUUGUUGAGGUUAUUAUCAUUAUUAUCAUUAUUAUUAUUAUUAUUAUUAUUAUUAUUAUUAUGCUCUAAUUCUAUUUUCAUGAUUUAGCUUCUCUUUCUUUCACUGCUCUUGUUUGUUUUUUGUUUUCUUUGUUUUGUUUUGGUUUCGGAUUUUGUUUUUUGUUGGGUUUUUUUUUUUAUCUGAUAACAAAAAUAUUUUCUUUGAAAUUGUGUGAUCUUUGUAAGAUCAAAGUUAGUGGCUUUCCAAAGAUACAAUACAGGAUUGUAAGAAUACAAAUAGCACAGACAAAAGAAAUUUAGCAAACACAUUUUUUGUGGGGCAGUGGGGCGGUUGAUGUAAUUAUAUCAAAAUUCUGGAUUUUGUGGGUGGUUAACUUUCUGAAUAGUAUAUCUAUUCCUUGUCUGUCCUCUGUUCUCCCUCACCAUUAAUAUGCUUAUAUAUAUAUAUAUAUAUAUAUAUAUAUAUAUAUAUAUAUAUAUAUAUAUUCUUUAUUUUUGGCAUUUUCCUUUAUUCUUCAAAAACUUUUUUGCUUUUUGUUUUUUUAAUUAAUUUGGUAACCUUUCUUCUAUGUUAAUUGUUAAAUAGAAAAUAAUAACCUUUAGACUGUUAAUGCAUUCAGUCUUGUGAAACACCCACAUCUUUAAAAGCAUAUCUAGAUUAUCAAAACACUUUGUUUCUUUUUAAUAUUUUUGUUUAUCAAAUGAAAGAAAUUUGGUUAUUAUACUUUAUCAGUAUCUUGUAAUUAUAUAAAUAUUGUUUCUAACAUUUAUAAAAAUCCACUGAAUCUGUUUAUAUACCACACUCUAAGAAUGAAACAUCAGGUAGAUUCUUUAAAAGAAUUUAAUUAUGAUUUAAUUAUAUAUCCAAUGUCUUUCUAUAUGUUUAUUUUUAAUUUGCCUUUAAGCUUAUUUUUACUUUCUGGUGGGCAUAGUGGUAUUUUAGUGUAAGAACCAGCUUCAUUUCCAAGUGAGAAGCAGAGUUUUUUUUUAUUUUAACUAUUGUAUGUCUUUGAGAAAGGUCUAAGUGUCACAGUAUUUUAUUUCUCCUCCCCUAUGGGUUUGAGCCUUCUUCAUGAAUAUGUAAAAUUUUUUAAAAAAUAUCAUGUUCUUCUCCUCUUCCUUUCACUGAAGAUUAAAAGAACAAGCUGGAAUUAGUUAUAUGUGGGGUAAGGUGAUAAUUCAAUGAUUGGAAACAGGAUUUCUAGAGCCAAAUAAAAGACAUGACAAAGCUUGUUAAUGAUUCAAAGCUGUUGAGUGUGUAAGGAGUGACCAACAGAAGCUACCAUGACAGACAGAUGUGGUGAUAGUCAAACUGACUAAAUGACAGGCAUAAAUGACCAGCAGAGAUUACUAUGAAUGAUAAAUAUGGUUAUGGCCAAAUAGACUGCCAGAGCUCACCAUGAUAAGCAAACAUGAGAGAGACAUAAGGAUUAAGCAACAGGUGUUACCAUGAUACACUUAUACAGCAGUAGGGUGAUGUUAAAAAAAGAUAGACAAACACACAGAAAGAGAGAGAGACAGAGAGAGAACAACUAGGAUCGAUAGUUGAAUAUAUGGAAUUAGUGGUCAUUUGAGAAAUAUGGUAAACAUUAACUUUAGCCCAGAACAUAUAUGCUACACUCUCACAUAAAUAUGCAUUCAUAUGCACAUAUAUAUUCAUGUUUUAAACAAUGUGUGAAUGU